AUGCCUGACUCCGAUUCAGCGUCGCCUCCGAAGCGUUAUGAUCGCGAUUCUCGAGGUGAGGAUCGAAGAAGCAGAGACGACUACCGCAGGAAGCGACGGGGGUCGCGAAGCCGAGAUCGGCCACGAAAGAGAUCCAGAAGUGUAGACAGAGACGAGCGCAGAAGGGAUCGAGAUGCUCGCCGGCGAUAUCAUGAUGAAUACAGACCUGAUCGGUCCAGGUCUCGCUCUCCUCGUCGCAAACUCUCGCAAGAGCCAUACCAGCGGUCCAAAGGUCCCCUUCCAUCCCAGGCCGACGCAUUCAAAUCUACCGACAAAGACAGUCCGUCACCAGGGCCUGAAAAACAGAAGCCAAAUUUCCGGCCCUCUGGUCUUCUCGCAGCAGCCUCCAAUGCAGUCUCAACUUCGACUGGCUCUAUCGUUUUGAAAUAUCAUGAGCCACCAGAAGCACGUAAACCACCCUCCUCCCAGCCGUGGAGAUUGUACAUUUUCAAAGGAGAAGCCAUACUCGAUACUCUCGACUUGUACUCCCAAUCAUGCUGGCUCUUCGGCAGAGAAGCGUCCGUCUGCGACUAUGUCCUUGAACAUCCAAGCUGCUCCAAACAGCAUGCCGUCAUUCAAUUUCGGUACAUCGAGAGGAGGAAUGAGUUCGGCGACAAGAUUGGGAAAAUCAAGCCAUAUGUGAUCGAUCUCGAGAGCGCGAAUGGAACAAAGAUUAAUGAUGAGGAUGUGCCGGAAAGAAGAUAUAUGGAAUUGAGAGACAAGGAUGUGAUCAAGUUCGGCCAUUCCUCCAGGGAGUACGUGGUCCAGCUGCCUCCUGGAUAA